AUGAUGCAAAGUUGGAGAAUCAUCCGACGGAAGAUCCGGUGGAACAGGUUCGGCGACAACAGAGGAGGAAACAUCGCCAUCCGUUGCAUUUCUGCUGCCUACAAUUUAUUCACUGGUGGCAGAGGCUUAGUUGGAGGAGACGGAAGGAGAGGCGGCAAUGCAGAUUUAGUUGACGUAAGUGAAGGAGAAGAUGAAUUGGACAGAGAGGUCCGCAUCGAUGAGGAAGGCACCAUUGGUUUUUCUCGUGCAACCGAACUCUGUAACAGAGGGCUGGCUGUGAUUUCCCAGGGGCAGGACACGAAGCCCCAACAUGCAUGGUCUAGCACUACGAUGGAAACUGGAUGUCUGCCUUUUGAUGAUCGAAAUAACUUUACUGUUGGUGAUCCCUUUUCGAGUUCCUUCGUUCCAGUCCAGCGGCGGAAGGGGAGACUUAGAUCUUGUCUUCUUUCGCUUGGUUUCCCCAGGUGGUGUGGUUGGGGAGUAGAGACCUCGAUGCCGGGUCGUUCCAAAGUGACUUGCUAUUGCUGCUGCAGUGCUUCUUGUUCAUCAUCCAGGAAUUUCUUUAGAAUCUUUGCCUUCCUUACCAGGAAUUGGAUUCGAACCAACCGAUUCUUCCCUUCCUUCUCUUCUCACUCCCCGGGUUUAGCUCCCGACUGGAGGGAGAGGGGCAAGGCAUUAGGGAUAGCUGCUUUCGUCUCCAGUAAUGGAUGGAUAAGGCCGGGCCGACCCUCCUUUAUUAUAGUCCAGUUGGAGAGGGAAAAGUCCCAUCCGUUCCAGAAGUCGCAGAGAAAUGGAAGGCUUCAAUACCAAAAACUACGGAGGCAUGAUCUAAAAAUGGGGAGAGUAGGAGCUCCUAUUGCUCUAACCAUUCUAGUGAACCGGUCAAGACCAGCAGCUAUGAAUACCCUGUGCCGGUUGUGCGAAGGCAGCCUCAAUAAAAAUCAAGAAAAACGUCCUCCUAAGGAAAUAAAGCUGAUUCACCUCUACCCUAUUGGUUAA